CAUCAGGAUCAUGUCUAGCUUGUUUGUUUCGUAUACUCAACCAGUAUUGCUUGCGAGCUAGUGCUAGCGGCCAUCUUAUACAUGAUUACCAUGCUACACUUAUUACUUCUCUAGGCCAAGUGGCAAUAGGGGGAUUUGACUCUGUUUCAGAUGCUAAUAAAUCAGCAGAGGUAGAUACUAAAGCAAAGGCAAAGGCUGAUAAAACUAUGUACAUAUGUCAGCCUCAACCCUCGACGAUCAGUAUCCCUUAGGGACAGGGUAUACAACAUUGAUCUUCGUUAGAACUGGUCCGUGACCUGCACAGCUUCAGAUGGACGAGCGGAAACUAUUCGGUGUGCUCGCCUAACUCGUCACUUCGUUGUAGUCUAUCGUUUAGUCAGGGGCUAGGUCACUCUUCGAAAAUCUUUACUUUCUAGUCGGAGAGUAUCACUCUCACACCAAAACAUUCUUCACUUCUUUUCACCACAUUGCCGGACAAUGGAUGGUUAUGCGGUGUCACGGGCCUCGCUCUCCCACGAGGAGAAGCUAUCUCUCAUCGACGAUAGAUCUCUGUCAGACGUAGAAAGCGAGAGCGCUCGCAUAGACUUCGAGGGCCGCUUUUCGACAAUACAAUGGGCCUCCACGGCAAAGAGCUAUUGCAAUGGUCUACGUCUAUCCUCAUGGAGCUCGAUGAUAUUGAAGACAGGCAUGUUUCUGCUGCCUAGUUUUAUCCAGCACCGAUGUGCCCGUGAACGGUUUCGAACAGAGAAGCUUCACCCUACCGCAUACCUCGAUGGCAUGCGAGGCCUAGCCGCAUUAUUCGUCUUUUUUUGUCACUAUUUCUACACGGCCUUCAGGAUAGCAGAAGGCUGGGGCCAUGACGGCGCCAACCACGAAAUAUGGAGGCUCCCGUUCAUUCGGUUACUAUACAGCGGACCGUCCAUGGUCUGUAUCUUUUUUGUCAUAUCAGGAUACGCCCUCUCCCUCAAGCCACUAAAACAAACUCGAAGUCGUUCUUUUGAUGGUUUCUCGAAAACCAUGACUUCAUUCGUCUUUCGUCGAUUUUUCCGCUUAUACCUCCCACCGCUUAUCUCAACAUUCGGCGUAUUAAUCCUACUUCGUUUCGGUAUUUACGAGAUGACCAGAGACUUCGCCAACGAUCGGGAUUAUAUGCACAACGUAAUAGAACAUCACCCCGUUCUGGAAGAGACCCUACGGAAGCAACUGCGACAUUGGAUGGGGGAGAUGUACAACUUCGUCCAUGUAUGGGGCUGGGAGAAGUUCGGUGGUGCGACUGGCUAUGAUGUUCACCUAUGGACGAUCCCCGUAGAGUUCCGGUGCUCAAUGAUACUCUUCCUAGUAAUGUUUGGCACUGCUAGACUCCGGACAGGUGUACGCUUUGUCUGCAUAGGCCUCCUUAUGUGGUUUGUCCUUCGCAGUGAUAAGUGGGAAAUGUUCCUCUUCCUAUGGGGUAUGGUACUCGCCGAACUAGAUCUCAUCCGAGGCGCUCACGAGCCAAACACGGCACAAUCGACUUCUGCUCCCGAACCGCUACUCCCACUCGAAAAGACGCCCGCUAGCGUUCCUGAAAGACGGAAAUCGUGCAACUUUUUAUGGACAUUCCUCUCCAUUCCGGCCCUAUACCUUAUGUCGGAGCCGGACGCCGGCCCCGACGGCAACCCCGGUUGGGAGUAUCUCGCAACAUAUAUCCCAGAGUGGUUCUCAGAUAAGUACCGGUACUAUCAGAUGAUCGGGUCGAUCAUAUUCGUAUUCUGCACGGCACGUUCGGUGUCUUGGCAACGCUUCUUCAACUCAGGCGUCGUGCAGUACUUCGGUCGGAUCAGCUACGCUAUCUACUUAAUGCACGGACCGGUCACACACACCGUGGGCUACAUGGUAGAAGAAUGGGCCUACGAUAUCACGGGCACGGAGGGUUCCUCGUACAACUGCGGCGCCGUGCUCGCGAGCAUGAUCAACAUCCCGCUCGUCAUAUGGGCCGCGGACGUCUUCUGGAGGGCAGUGGACGCGCCUACGGUCAGGUUUACGAAGUGGCUCGAGACCAAGUUAUCAGUAGAGGAUUGAAGAGUACUUGCUAUGUACCUGCUUCUUGUUACCUGCUGCUUAAAUAAUGCUGC